UAUCUGUCUCGAGACUUGAAAAACAUCACAAGUGCGGCUGCUUAUCGCUAUUCAAUUCUCUCCACUUUUGAGAGUAACAUUUUGGACGUGUUUUUGAAAUUCAACAAACAGACUCCGCUCACUCGGUUUCCUAGAGUAUAAGAAUAGUUUCUCUGUGCCAGUCGUUGACCCAUUUUACACCGCUGCAGAGAACAUCCAGCGGGAGUUUGUUUUAUCCACUGGCUGACCGCUAAUCCUCUGUGGCUGAUAACUCAUGACCUGGUAUCCUAGCAUCCUCAAGCGCUAGUGAUAUGGGAGAGUGGUGGACAACCAUGCCAGGAGACACAUCUAUGGGAAACCAUGACAUCUCCAGCAUAUCACAUUUAACUAUGUCACCGUCAAGGCAGAACAACCUUGCGUCAGCGCAGCCUUUAUUCAGAAACUCCUGCAAUCUGGUGACAGUGUUUUGUACAGAUGACAAUGUUCCACAGUGCAUCUCAUACAUCAAUCAGGAGCUGUCCUCCCUGGGUCUGUCCUCAUACAUGGAGGCAAGCUCAGGAGGGAGUGCCGGCCUGAACGUGGUGCCAGCUUUGAACUGCGCCUUUGAGUUGCUGCAGAUCCACAGACGCACUAUGGUCACUUUAGAGGAGCUUGAGCGAGAGCAGCUCAAGAAGUCCAGCACUUUGGAUCACAUGCAGAUGAGUAAUUCAAGACUUCGGGAUCAGCUUGAAUUAUCAUUACGGGAGAAAUUGGGUCUCCAUGAGACUGAGAGGCAGCUCCAAUUAAAAAUCAAGACCCUUCAAAGCUGCCUGAAGACAGAGAAAGAAGAGGUUCAGAAGCUCCAGCGUAUCGUUGCUAGCCGUGCGUCACAGUACAGCCAUGACGCGAAGAGAAAAGAGAAAGAGUCGGCGAAGCUCAAGGAACGCCUCAGCCAGCUACUAGUGGACAGAAAAGAUAAGAGACUUGCUAUUGAAAUGCUGAAUUGUCUUGGACGAGCAGAUGGUAAAAGGAGCCACUGGAAGACCACCAAAGUCACAAGCGGCCAUGAAGAGCAGAUGUACAAGUCCGUGUUGCGGGACUACGAAGCCAGCCAGCGCUCACUGCUGGAGGAGAAUGCUGAGCUGAAGAAGGUCCUACAGCAGAUGAAAAAAGAAAUGAUACACAUCCUGAGUCCACGCCAAGCACCAUGUAGAGGAGGAGAUGCUGAAAAUAGCCAAGAGAUGUUGGAUGCAGAUGGGGGGGAGAAGACUGGUGACUCGAGCAGGGAAAUACUGGACCUGUCAUGUGACCAAGCGAGGGAGCAGCUCACCAACAGCAUCCGGCAGCAGUGGAGGAAACUGAGGAGCCACAUGGAGAAGUUGGACCACCAAGUUCAAAAUCAAGUGGAAUCCGAUCGAGAGGUGAUCCCGAGGGAAACCCAUGAAGAUGAAAUGGAGAAGAUGAGGCGUGAAGUGCAGCAGUGCAAAGAGUUCAUUCACACGCAGCAGCAACUCUUACAGCAACAGCUAAACACGUCAUUUGACGAGGAGACUGCAGAGCUUCUCACUGACUGCUACACCUUGGAGGAGAAGGAGCGGCUCAAGGAGGAGUGGAGGCUCUUUGAGGAGCAGAAGCGAAACUUUGAGCGGGAAAGGAAGUACUUUACCGAGGCAGCUAUCCGCCUCGGCCGAGAGAAAAAAGUCUUUGAGGACGACCGUGCCUCUUGGCUGAAAAGUCAGUUUUUAAACAUGACGCCCUUCACCAACCGUAGUCGAUGCUCCUCGACUGAUGGUUACUCUGCUUUAUCCAUUAGAAGUGAGCCAGAGAGAAGAACGUCCUCUUCAAAAAGCCAGCUAUCCUCAAACUGCACGCCAUUCUCCACUCCUAAGCCUGCGCGGGCUCAAAACGACACUGUGCCAUCCACUGCUGAACUUUACCGGACACUCCGCCUCAUUCCAGAUUCUAGUUUCAGUCCCUCUGGGUUUUUAAAUGGAGGACAACGGCGAGAGGCCUGCAUCAUCCCCGAUGACGUCAGAGACUCACAAGUCAAGGCCAAAAAUCGAGUCUACAGAGAAGACUUGAGUAUAUUUUCUCUCAGGGACGAUGAGAACAGUCUAACUUAAAACACCCAUGCAAUUCACGUGCUUCUUCCUUUCUAAUAUGGCUGAACAAUCUUUUGAUAUUUUUGACUGAUCGGACAUACAUACUGAUCAGUUGUCAAAUGAACAAGAAAGCACUUUAAAAAGAAACAUCAGCACUGAAAAGUCAAGUCAGAAUUUUACCAAGUAAUUAUGUUUUGUUUUUGUUUUUUUAACUUGACAUCCUAUAUUGUUUGAAUUUAACAAAGGUAUUUAAAUCUACAAUCAGAAUGUUUAGCACUUUUCAAUUGCACUUUGUCAAUAUGUGCUGGUUUAAGAGUAAAUAAAUAUUUUUUUUUUUCUAAGAAACUGGAUUUCCCCCCACUCUGUAUUGAUAGCACUCCUCAAGUACCACUCUUUCUAAUUGAAGACUAACAUUUUAAAUUUUGUAUCUAACCAAAUUCAGUGCUACUUUACCUACCUUCGGCAAAGCAAACACUUGUCAAAUUUAAGAAUACUUGUAUAACCUACCUGUGUACCACUAACGCUGGACCAGCUGAAAUGGAGGAAUGCCGCAAGUAAUGAGGGAAAGUGUUUAGGGCUAUCGAUUAAUCUAUCGAUUAGACUAAUCGAGUAAUCGGAUUACAAAUAUUUAACGCGUUACAAAAUUUUAGGAUAUGUAAAACGAAUAAGUGUUUAUGCUUCGAACAAUAUUUGUUUUGGCUUGCGUGGGUUACUUUCGAAAGAGCAUUAAGUACAAAAUAAAAUUCCUGAGUGUUUCUUCAAUUAUACUUUCAUUUCACAAGAGCAAUCAGUGAAUUUAAAAAGAAAUUAUCCGAGCUUAGCCUCAAACAAUAUCAAAAUUAAAGGGUAUGUCAUGCCCUGGGAAAAUGUUAAUAUUCCAUCAUUUAUCCAUAAACGCAUGCCUUUUGUAUUCAUAUCAUGCCACUUCGUGUAAUUACACACAAGAAAAUGAGAGAAAUUUGGCUCGAUUGUCAAGCUAAAACGACCGGCGCCCGAGAUCUGGCAGAUUGUGUGCGUGACGUCACGACAAGUGAACAGAGUGCCACCGGCCACUAGGGGGGCAGCGCCCGUCUGCAUCAAUAUAAUUCCUUCUAGUGAGGGGAGAAUUAGGAGUGUUUUGAGCUGUUUAUUCUGAUGCAUUGUGUUCGUCCUGCACAUAUUCCAGGUUCCCUCAUGAAGAAACACCCCUCGUUGUCAAUAAAAGAGAAUUCAGAAUUGACAGUCAGGGGUGUUUCUUCAAGAAAAAGGCUCAGUGCUUUAAUACUGAAUGGCAGCGAUGAUGGCAGACAAUUUCGUUUCUAGUUUCAGCGACGAAUCCGACAUAGAAGGACGUAACGAAUGUUCAUCUAAUGGUGACGAGGAGAGUUACGAAGCUUUAAUCGGUGUUUUAGGUUACCAAUUUGAGCCCAAACGAACGCCAAUGCAGCGUAAUGAAACGGUCAUUGAGGGGAGCAAUGAACUGAUGAAACAACGGCAGCAGAUCGUGUGGGAAACACCAAUGAUUUGUUUUGCAUUUCUUUUUGUGAAGCUGAUACACAGUGACUGCAAAAUAAAGGAAUGCAUAGAAUAAUUAUCAUUUAUUGCGCUAUCAUAGCUUUUCGCUCUGCCAACAGACAGAAAUAUGAAUGGGAUCAGAGGAUUUGUUCUAUAUAUUUUACGAACGAUAAUUUAUACACGUGUCCAGUCCUGUAUCCAAUGCGUGACAUUUUUUUAUUAUAAAAGAGUACUCACUCUGGCCAUUUCGAGCUUGGCUGCUCCCCUCCUUUG